CCCCCUUUAUUCUCGUCUCACGGGAUUAGGUUUUCCUUCCAUUCCAUCUUUCCUCGCUUUUUCUCGUGCUCUUGUUCGCAUUUAAACCCCUCACGAAUCUGGUCUUUCCAUUGCCAGGAAUAUAGCAUAAGAAUAGUGAGAGGAAAGAAAAGAAUAGAAGAAGAAGAAACCAACCAUGUCGAGGGCCACUGUGGAGUUGGAUUUCUUAGGCCUUGGGAAGGAGGACGCGGCCAGGUUCGGGCCCAUGGAGCCACGAAGCUCUGUUCAAGGUAUCCAGAGUGCGAUAUCCAGGAUAAACCCGCAUGUUCUGAGAAGCGUCCUCGCCUCCGGUGGAGGAAGCGUGAUGUUCCAGCCGCCGGCCCCAGAGGCGGAUUCUCGCCGUCUGUUCUACUUCCCGCCGCCGUCGCCGCUGCCACUCCUGAGCCUGGCCUCCUCCAAGACUAUUACUGAGACCCUUUUAGGAACAGCUCCAUUGACGAUCUUCUACAACGGCACGGUUGCCGUCUUCGACGUCGCCCAAGAUAAGGCGGAGAAUAUAAUAAAAUUGGCGGAGGAUGUUAACCGCGUCAAUAGCCGGGAUAUUGGGUUACUCCAAAACCUUAACGGAGAUUUGCCAAUGGCCCGGAAGAAAUCGUUGCAGAGAUUUCUGGAGAAACGCAAGGAAAGAUUGACUGCGUUGGGACCGUACCAGGCGGUGGUCGACGUGAGUUCGAGGAAGGAGAAGGCACGGAAGAAGAAGACAACCAUGGAUGUGGUGACAGCGUCCAACUUUUGAUGGAUGACAAAUAACCACCAAGCUUCUUAGUAUUGGAUUCAUUUAGUUCCUCCUGCUGUUUGGUUUUUUUUUUUUUUUGGACUAUGUAAUUAAGGAUAUGCAUUAUAAGGAGAAAGUAGUUUUCUAUCCAUUAAUGCAUACAUAUAGAAGUUCAAAAUGUGAAACUUGAGAUCUUUUGACAGCUCAUAUCAGUAGUAUGCCAGGAUAAAGUUUAUCUUUUAACCA